GAGCUUGCUGUGCCACUUUUGUGACUCAGCCAAUGUAGUUCUGUAUACGGCUUCUUUAUUCUUUGUCGGGGGAUGUACUCCUGAGUAGCGAAUGACGAAACAAAUUUUGCUAAUAUUCACAUUCCGAGGAUUAGUAAGAAAAGGGAAAAAGGGGAAAAGGAGAAAAUGGCCAGUUUUAUAUUACGGAAAGCUGAACCCAGAGACGUGUCCGAUAUCAUGCGACUCAUAAAGGAACUAGCUAAGUUUGAGGAAAUGGAGGAGAAAGUCGUGCUGACAGAGAAAGAUCUCCUUGAAGAUGGCUUCGGAGAUCACCCAUUCUACCACUGUUUGGUUGCUGAAGUCCCAAAAUUGCAGAGCUCAGAAGGGUACACUGUGAUUGGAUUUGCCAUGUACUACUUCACAUAUGACCCUUGGAUUGGAAAGCUGCUCUACUUGGAAGACUUUUACGUCAUGCAGGAGUUUCGAGGUUUGGGCAUUGGUUCAAAAAUCCUGAAGGUCCUGAGUGAGAAGGCAGUGAAGACUCGCUGUAGCGGCAUGCACUUCCUUGUGGCAGAAAACAACACAAAGUCUAUUGAGUUCUACAAGCGAAGAGGAGCAGCUGAUCUCUCGUCUGAGGAGGGCUGGCGUCUUUUUGAGAUUGAAAAGGAUGAUCUGCUGAAAAUGACUGCCAAAUAAGAGUUUAUGUACUGUUGAAUGACUUGUUCUGACAGUUUGUGAUAGCAAUAAUCAUGUUUUUUUCAGUCAGUCUUAAUACAUUUGACCCUGUUUCUGUAAUGUCAUCUGAAAUGUAGCAAGACCUCUGCUGAGUGAAUGUUUUGGAAAUAGCUAUACUUCUGGAGGCCUGUAGUGACACAUUUCUUGAGUCAAAAACAAUAAACUUGAUUUUGUGUAACAGAA